GAUCUUAAUUAAGACAUCUCCAUUUUGGGUGUGUUGGGAGGGACAAGAUGUUUGUUUUCCCUAUGAAGAGAAUUUUCCCUUUGGUGCCUCGCCUCUUAAAAAAUUUUGCCAUCGAGACUGUGGGUUGCAGACCUGACAUUCCUCUUCCUACUUUAAAUCAGUUCCAUACAUCAGCAUCCCACAAUUUCAAGUGCACAAGUGAGCUGAAACGUCGCCUUAAGGCAGAGAAAAAGGAACAGGAAAAGAGAGAAAAGGAGUUAAAGGCAGGAGAGAGUCAAAAAGAAGCCAAACCUAAACAACAGGAUGAGGAGGAGAUUGAUGCAAAUGAAUACUUUGCCUUACGCUCCAACUCUGUUCGUCAAUGGAAGGAAAACAAUGAGAAUCCCUACCCUCACAAAUUCCACGUCAGUUUAUCUCUAACAGACUACAUAGAGAAGUACAAGGAUGUUAAGGAUGGAGAGAUACUGGAGGACACUGUCAGUGUGUCUGGUCGUCUCCAUUCAAAGAGAAUACAGGGACCAAAGUUGAUCUUUUAUGAUUUAAGAGGGGAGGGAGUCAAAAUUCAGAUAAUGGCCAAUGCCAAAUACUACGAAUCUGAAGAGGCAUUUAUUGCCAUUAAUGACAAAUUGAGGCGUGGAGAUAUUGUAGGAGUUGAGGGAAAACCAGGUAAGACCAAGAAAGGCGAACUGAGUAUUGUGCCGACCAAAAUGGUUCUCCUCACACCUUGUCUUCAUCAGCUGCCACAUCUGUUUUAUGGAGUCAAAAACAAGGAGACGCGCUACAGACAGCGUUACCUUGACCUUAUCAUUAACGAGGCCACGAGGCAGAAAUUCAUAACCAGAGCAAAAAUUAUAAAUUAUAUGCGAAAGUUUUUAGAUGAAAUGGGAUUUCUUGAGGUGGAAACUCCAUUGAUGAACAUGAUACCUGGUGGUGCUACAGCUAAGCCUUUCAUUACACAUCACAAUGAACUCAACAUGGACCUCUACAUGAGAGUAGCCCCAGAGCUCUACCUUAAGAUGUUAAUUGUAGGUGGUAUAGAUAGAGUGUAUGAGAUUGGCAGACAGUUUAGAAACGAGGGAAUUGACCUUACACAUAACCCUGAGUUUACAACUUGUGAGUUUUAUAUGGCCUAUGCUGAUUAUGAGGACCUUAUGAAGAUCACAGAACAACUUGUAUCAGGUAUGGUGAAGUAUGUCACAGGAGGGUACAAGGUGAAGUACCAUCCUGAAGGGCCUGAGGGACCUGAAUGGGAAGUAGACUACACACCACCCUUCAAGAGAGUUAGUAUGAUCCCAGAACUGGAGAAAGUCUUGGAUGUCAAGUUUCCCCCGGCAACAGAGUUUGGCUCAGAUGAAACCAGAAAAUUUUUAGAUGCUCAAUGUGUAAAACAUGGAGUGGAUUGUACAGCACCAAGAACAGCAGCCAGGUUACUUGACAAGCUGGUGGGAGAAUAUAUUGAAGAGAAAUGUAUUAAUCCCACGUAUAUUAUAGAGCAUCCACAAGUCAUGAGCCCCCUCGCCAAGUGGCACCGGACAAUUCCAGGACUAACAGAGAGGUUUGAGCUGUUCACGUGUAAGAAAGAGAUCUGUAACGCUUACACUGAGUUGAACGACCCCGUAGUACAGAGGGAGAGGUUUGCACAGCAAGCUCAGGACAAGGCUGCAGGUGAUGAUGAGGCCAUGUUUGUGGAUGACAAUUUCUGUACGUCACUAGAGUAUGGACUGCCUCCCACAGCAGGCUGGGGUAUGGGCAUAGAUAGACUGUGUAUGUUCCUCACAGACUCUAACAACAUUAAGGAGGUGCUGUUUUUCCCUGCCAUGAAACCUGAUGAUCAGAAAAAGGGAUCAGCCGAAGGAGAGGAAGCUGCAUCUGAGAAACCUCCUACCUCAUGAAACAGAGUUAUCUCUCUUAGGACAUACCCCAAUAAUGAUCACAGAUAAUUUGAAUCAUGUACCAAGUUAGGAAACUAUGAUGUUUUCAUCUUUAUCAGGGAGAUUUUACACGGUGCAGUUAGACAGUGAUGUUUCACAUAUUGCAGAGAUAUGUAGCUGAAUGAGUAAAUUAUGAAUUCAUUAUUUCUGGAGAAAACAGAAUACGGACUCCAUUAACAUCAAUCAUGUUAUAGUUGCUGUUCCUGCCAUGAAUGAAAAUCUGCAAUAUUAGUUGGAAUAAUGAUAACAGAAGUGAUUUAGAUGACAUGUAUGUAAACAACACAGGUCACAUUCUCGUGGCAUUCUCUGUGUCAAAGGUGUGAAAAAACAUCCAACUGAGAUACGAGACCUAGUUUUCAAAUCUUCUACAAGCCAUUGCAAUGUAUUAAAAAAUCACAGUGUAUGUUCAUGCUUCUUUAAUCUGACAGGUUUAUCUCAAACAGUUAUUGUUUCCAUCCUUUUAUUCAUUGAAGUGGCUUGGUAAACCGAAGCAUACAGGUUACAUAUUUGUAUACCCAUAUCGUGUCCAGCCUGUCUGGGUAAAGACCAAAUUAAGUUAAUAAAGAACUGUCAAUGACUAAGUGUACCUACCAUUUUUUGACACAUAUUAUCUGAUAUUUACACAGAAAAAUUAGAUCAGGUUUCUUAGUUCUUAUUUGAUUUUUUUCAAUAGAUUUGAAUUUGUUGGCCAAUGAUUAUGCAUGAAAAUGUAUAUUAAGAUAACAUUGAUGUAUUUGAGAUAUCUUUGAGUGCUUACAAAAACUAUAGGUAUGAUUCUUAAUUUAAUUCAUUUUAUCGACUGCUUCAGCUUUAACUUGCCUGCAACAAUAUCUCUAUUUUUAAGUGUUUUGUGAAAUGUUUUAUAAUGGAUUGCACACAAUUGACACAUGUAUCAGGGGAUAUUACCAGAAGAUAUGGAUCAGUGCAUAUUAUCAGUAUGAUUUAAGGACAUGAUACCUACAACAGUUAAGUCAAUUAUUUAUUAAUGGGUAAUGCUAUUACAUGAAAUCUAUAGCCGAAUAAGUUAUCAUAAAACUUUCACAUUUUUGUUCCCUGUCAACAAUAAAAGUGCUUUAACAAUG